CGGGAUUGGGAGGGGACAACGGCAGCGUGGGCGGCUGGCAGAGGCAGGGAAAGACCAGCAGAGAGGAAAGAGAAACUGGGAGAGGGAGGAAGGGAGAAAGUGAGAAGGGAAAUCGGAAAGAGAAAGGGGAGGAAACGGCAGACGUGGAGAGCCGGAGAGAGAGAGAAAGAGGAAGAGACUGGGUGUGAGGGAGAGAGGAAACGGGGUGACAGAGAGAGAGAGAGAGAGAGAGAGAGGGCGAAUGAAGGAGAGACUUAAGGAAGAGACCCUGUGAGUCUGGCAAUAAAAGAUUUGGACAGAAACAAAUUGAAGAGAGAGAGAGGGAGGGAGAGAAUGAGUGAGAGAGAGACUGGAAGAGACAGAGAUCAGCGAGAGACACAGAGGGUGGGACUGGGGAGAGACAGAGUGUAAAGGAAGAGAGAGAGAGAGACAGAGAGCCCACAAGAGACGGGAGACAGAAGCAAAAAGUGCGAGUGAGCAGGUGAAGAGAGAUCUAGCACGAUGAGAGACAGCCGCUAAGAGACAAAGGAGGCGGGAGACUGCCUGGGUGCCCCUUGCCCCUGUCGUCGGGACCCCAGAGCUGGCCCUUGAUGGAGGGGAGCCGACCUCGCAGCAGCCUGAGCCUGGCCAGCAGCGCUUCCACCAUCUCCUCACUCAGCAGCCUGAGCCCCAAGAAGCCCACCCGGCCAGUAAACAAGGUCCAUGCCUUUGGGAAGAGAGGCAAUGCGCUGAGGAGGGACCCCAACCUGCCUGUGCACAUCCGCGGCUGGCUUCACAAGCAGGACAGCUCGGGGCUCCGUCUAUGGAAACGCCGCUGGUUUGUCCUCUCCGGCCACUGCCUCUUUUAUUACAAGGACAGCCGUGAGGAGAGUGUCCUGGGCAGCGUCCUGCUCCCCAGCUACAAUAUUAGGCCAGAUGGGCCGGGAGCCCCCCGAGGGCGGCGCUUCACCUUCACCGCAGAGCAUCCGGGCAUGAGGACCUACGUUUUGGCCGCUGACACGUUAGAAGACCUGCGGGGCUGGCUACGGGCGCUGGGCCGGGCCUCCCGAGCGGAGGGGGACGACUUUGGGCAACGCAGGUCACCCGCACGUCCCCAGCCUGGGGAGGGCCCUGGCGGCCCCGGUGGUCCCCCAGAGGUGAGCAGAGGGGAAGAGGGGCGCAUCUCGGAAUCACCGGAGGUGGCUCGACUCUCCAGAGGUCGUGGUAGACCCAGGCUGCUCACUCCCAGCCCCACAACCGACCUCCAGUCUGGACUCCAGAUACGGAGGGCGAGGAGCCCCGAUCUGUUCACCCCACUCUCUCGCCCUCCCUCACCUCUCAGUCUCCCCCGUCCCCGUUCUGCUCCUGCGCGGCGACCCCCUGCCCCCUCAGGAGACACAGCACGGCCUCACACCCCGCUGAGUCGCAUCGAUGUCCGGCCUCCUCUGGAUUGGAGCUCCCAACGCCAGACCCUCUCCCGGCCCCCCACUCCCCGCCGAGGACCUCCCUCUGAGGCUGGAGGAGGAAAGCCCCCCAGGAGUCCCCAGCACUGGAGUCAGGAACCCAGAACACAGGCUCCCUCUGGCUCCUCUACUUAUCUCCAGCUCCCCCCACGGCCCCCUGGGACCCGGGCCUCCCUGGUCUUAUUGCCAGGUCCUCCCCUGGAGUCAACUUUCCACCAAAGCUUGGAGACAGAUACGCUGCUGACCAAGUUGUGCGGCCAGGACCGGCUCCUGCGGAGGCUGCAGGAGGAGAUAGACCAGAGGCAGGAGGAGAAGGAGCAGCUAGAAGCAGCCCUGGAGUUGACCCGGCAGCAGCUAGGCCAAGCCACCAGGGAGGCUGGGGCUCCCGGGAGGGCCUGGGGCCGCCAGCGCCUCCUGCAAGACAGGCUGGUUAGUGUGAGGGCCGCCCUCUGUCACCUGACUCAGGAGCGAGAGAGGGUUUGGGACACGUACAGUGGCCUGGAGCAGGAGCUGGGCACCUUAAGAGAGACCCUGGAGUAUCUGCUGCACCUCGGUUCUCCCCAGGACAGAGUGUCUGCUCAGCAGCAGCUGUGGAUGGUGGAAGACACGCUGGCAGGUCUGGGUGGCCCCCAGAAACCGCCCCCACACACUGAGCCUGACUCCCCCUCUCCCGUGCUCCAGGGCGAGGAGUCCUCAGAGAGGGAGAGCCUGCCUGAGUCCUUGGAACUGAGCUCCCCUCGGUCCCCCGAGACUGACUGGGGGCGGCCUCCUGGAGGUGACAAAGACCUCUCCAGCCCUCGCUUAGGUACUGGGUCUCCAAGGGUCUCCCGGGCUUCCAGCCCUGAGGGUCACCACCUCCCUUCCCCACAGCUGGGAACCAAGGCCCCGGUGGCCCGGCCCCGUAUGAGUGCCCAGGAGCAGCUGGAGCGGAUGCGAAGAAACCAGGAAUGUGGACGGCCCCUCCCUCGCCCAACCUCCCCCCGGCUCCUCACCCUGGGGAGGACACUGUCCCCAGCCAGACGCCAGCCUGACAUGGAGCAAAGGCCUGUCGUAGGACACUCUGGAGCCCAAAAAUGGCUCAGAAGCUCUGGGUCCUGGAGUAGUCCGAAGAACAGCACCCCUUACUUGCCGACUUCCGAAGGCCACCGGGAGCGAGUUCUCAGCCUCUCCCAAGCCCUGGCUACUGAGGCGUCGCAGUGGCACAGAAUGAUGACGGGUGGAAAUUUGGACUCCCAGGGAGACCCUCUCCCACGUGUGCCGCUGCCUCCGUCGGACCCCACGCGCCAGGAGACCCCUCCCCCCAGAUCUCCCCCGGUGGCUAAUUCGGGUUCCACCGGGUUCUUUCGCAGAGGCAGUGGGCGUGGCGGAGGCCCCGCCCCCUGGGGGCCCACGUGGGAUGCCGGGAUCGCCCCUCCGGUCCUGCCCCAAGACGAGGGGGCGUGGCCUUUGCGCGUCACUCUUCUACAGUCCAGCUUUUAACCCUCCCAAAGGCGGCAGCCAAUCGGAGCAUAAGGACGUGACCCGGAGGUACCGCCGGAGAGAUCUGGGACCACUCAGGGCAUCAGGGGGCGUGGUCUGGUCGCUGUCGCCGGCCCGGGAUGGGAAUGGUUUCUAUGGCCAAAGUUUGGUUUUCUCAACACUGUCUAAACUUGGAUUAAAACUUUGAACUUGUAGUCAA